GGAGAAAAACAUUCGUUGCAUAAUAUAAAUCGCAUGAAUAAUCUAAUAGCCCGUUCAAUUGAACCCCGCGUUGAGGUGACCUGCUUCGAUCCUUUCGUCGACUCAAUCGAAAUCGUGUGUUUUGAGAUAUGGAUGUUGCGGCGGUGGCGAGAUGUGUGGUAAGGUGCUAUGUUUCGCCGGCGUUCGGGGAAUCUGAACCGCUCCGGUUAUCGGAUCGGCAAUUUCUGAGAUUAUCGUUGUCUGCUUCGCUUAGCCCACAUCUUUCCGUAAGUCGAUCUCUGAAGCUUCACGAGCAAAGUCACGAGAGGAGACUGAGCUUCUUCCGUCCGAUCAUGGCCACCGAUGAGUCGAUUUCAUCGGAUUGCGCCGGUGAAACACAGCUAAUCAACGGAAAGCAAAACAACAUCGUCUGGCAUAAUUGUCCCAUCACUAAAUCCGACAGGCAACAAUUGAUUAAGCAAAAAGGUUGUGUUAUCUGGAUUACUGGCUUAAGUGGUUCAGGGAAAAGUAGCUUGGCAUGUGCUCUUAGCCGAGCAUUGUACAAUCGAGGGAAGCUUUCAUAUAUCCUGGAUGGUGACAAUGUUCGUCAUGGUUUAAACAGUGAUCUUAGCUUCAAAGCAGAAGAUCGAGCUGAAAACAUUCGAAGAGUUGGUGAAGUGGCUAAAUUGUUUGCAGACGCUGGAAUCAUCUGUAUUGCAAGUCUCAUUUCUCCUUACCGGAAAGAACGAGCUGCUUGCCGUGCUCUGUUACCGGAAGGAGAUUUCAUCGAGGUUUUCAUGGAUGUGCCACUCCAUGUUUGUGAAGCUAGAGACCCAAAGGGUUUAUACAAGCGUGCACGCGCUGGGAAAAUCAAAGGUUUCACAGGAAUAGACGAUCCAUAUGAACCACCUUUGGAUUGCGAGAUUGUGAUACAAAACAACGGAGACAAUGGUUUUUGUUCUUCAUCUUCAUCUCUGUCUGAAAUGGCAGAUAACGUUGUGACGUACUUAGACCAAAAUGGAUACCUGAAGCCGUUCUAGAAAGUUGAAACACUCCAAAAAAGUCACAUACGGAUAUGAUUUAUGUAUAUGUAACUUGUAAUAGGCUCAAAAGUAAUAAUUCUCUCAUGUAUCAAUCAUUGAGCCGCGUUUAAAUUGUUUAAAUGCAAGAAUAAAAAUCAUUAUUGUAAAAUUCCUUAACCUUUUGGAUGUGACCAAGUGGAGAAUGAGAAUGAGAAUGAGACA